AUGGAGACUUCAAUGCUUUCAGGUCUCUCGGUAGUUCAGCCAGUAUCUACAAAGCCGGCAAAACAAGAUAUGUCUCGUCCAUUAACUGCCGCGCCAAUGACUACCUCGACAACCAAUAUUGGCUCAGCCCAGAGAGAAUCUUUUGACCUCGAGAUACUGCCAGUCAGAGAUGAUCCAAAACCAGACAAUGCAUCUUCCGACCAUAUCGAUGACUUAGAAAUGAGUCAACCUGAUCGCCCAGAUUCAAAUACAGAGACUGUUGAAGUUGCACCAACUAUCUGGGACCCUUUCAUGAACCGCUUCAGACUUCUCUCGACCUGUCUAUCCCAGAUAAAUAAUGCUCUUAGCGAUGGUGCUACUGGUGCAUUAAUCCCCUAUAUGGAGAAGUACUAUGGCAUUGGAUAUGCCACCGUGUCUCUCAUAUUCGUCGGUAAAGCCAUCGGAUUCAUUGCCGCCGCUGUAUUCAUCGAUAUACUUAGAGCAAAACUCGGUCGAGCCAAACUUCUUGGUCUCGGUCAAGCCCUUGUCACUCUGGCAUACAUACCCAUCAUCAGUGGAGCCCCUUUCAUCGUUGUUGUUCUAUCCUUCUUCUUUAUCGGCUUCAGCAUCUCGAUAAAUGUGGCCAUCGGGAACCUCUUCUGUGGUGGUCUCCAGAACGGAACGUUCAUGCUGGGUGUACAGCACGGGACUUACGGAAUAGGGGCAACCAUCGGUCCUCUCGUUGCGACCGCGCUCGUUACAGCUGCAAACACCAUGUGGAAUAGAUACUACAUAAUAACCUGUGUGCUCGGAGCUUUAACCGUCGCAUUAGGAAUAUGGUCGUUCUGGAGAUACGAGCAGGAGUUAAGUCCUACGGCACGCCAGAGAGAGACGGCUCAAGUUGGAGACUCCUUGUCGAACAGCAUCUUUCUUGCUAUGAACCUGCGCAUCGUAUUCCUUGGUUCACUCUUCAUCUUUGCCUACCAGGGAGCCGAGGUCUCUAUUUCUGGCUGGGUCAUUUCUUUUCUCAUCAACGACCGCGAUGGCGAUCCUUCGUCAGUUGGUUAUGCAACAGCAGGUUUCUGGGCUGGUAUCACCAUCGGAGCCGUCGCUUUUCAGCUUCUCGUCUGGCUCAUUCCUAACAUCGUGGGAAACACCAUUGCCGUAUCUGUUGUCGGUCUUCUCCUUGGUCCUAUCUACCCAUGUGCAUCAGCUGUUUUCCUUCGAGGUAUGACUAGGCGGGAGGCUCUGACUGGUAUCGGCAUGAUUAAUGCUUGCGAUAGCGCAGGAGGAGCUAUUGCACCCUUCGUUACAGGACUUCUGGCCCAGGCGUUUGGCACCUUUGUCCUUCAUCCGAUUGUGAUUUUCUUGUUUGCUGUCAUGUUGAUGUGCUGGUAUUUCAUUCCAGCUGAGGAAAAGAGGACGGAGUGA